CUAUAGCUUCUCUCUGACGCUGUAACCAGUAGCUGCUUCAUUCUCUUCUUCUAGGAUAUCUGAUUUAGGGUUUCUGCGUGUUCUCUGGUUCACUCUCCCUUUACUGUGUUAAACUGAUUAGGAGAUCGUCAGAGAGAGUUACAUUCCAGAUUGUGAAGGAUUCUUCGCGUUGGAGACUUCAGCGGUAGCACGAUGGUGGUGGUGGAAGAGAAUCGAUCGGAAGAGCAGAGCACCGUGGAAACAACGAUUGAUGACAUCGAGGCUCUCGUUGAUUUAAAAUCUUCGAUCUCUUCCGUAUCAAAUCCUCUAUUUCUGGGUGCUAGAUACAAUGAUGUAGAUGAUGUAACACGCCUUGCUUCUGCUGGUGUUCAUCUCGAUUCCAAGGAAUUCCGGUGGCCGAACUGGUAUUUCUUACCUUCCAUAUUUGAUAAUAUAUACACAUAUUUUUUAUGUGCACUACAAUCGAUCCAAUUAUUUUAUUUGUUGGUGAUUUUCACUUCCAAGUGAACUUUUCAAAACUUAGAUAUCAUGUUAAACCACCCACUAUAAAUCAAAAGCUUAAUCAAGAUUAAUUAGUGAAUUAGAGAAGAUAGAGGAAAUAUCGUUACUUUUUUAAUUUAAAUGUUCUAUGUUUAAAAUAGAAAAAAUAUCUAAACAAUAUAGCAAACGGAGUAGGGACCGAUUAAAUUUAUUUUAAAAAAUUGAGGGACAAGAAACAUAAUUUUAUCUUUUUUUUUUUUCUUUUUCAAUGCAUAUACUUAGCCCCAAAAGAAUAUUUUAUUUCUCUCGAUAAUUAUAUAUUUUUUCUUCCCUGAAAAAUCGUGACCUAAUAUUUUCCCAUAAGCGGCCCAUACCAUUAGUUUAUUGGGCCCAUGAAAUAGUUACCUUCGGCCUGCCCCGACAUUCGAGUUGGCUAUCGAGUCGGGUGACCCGGUAAAACUAUACAACUUAAAAGGCGGCAGUAACGCGGGAAUUACGCCUCAAGCUCUAGCUUUGCUCUGACGCUGCAACCAGUAGGUGCUUCGCUCUCGUCUCCUAGAAUCGCCGAUUUAGGGUUUUCUGCGUGUUCUUUGGUUCACUUUCUCUUUACAGUGUUAGACUGAUUAGGCGAUCGUCAGGAAGAGUUACAGUCCAGAUUGUCAAGGAUUCUUCACGUUGGAGACUUCAGCGGCAGCACGAUGGUAGUGGAAGAGAAUCGAUUGGAAGAGCAGAGUACCGUGGGAACGAAUACGGAUGACAUCGAAGCUCUGGUUGAUGCUGCGAGAUACAAUGAUGUCGAUGAUGUAGUAAGUCUUGCUUCUGCUGGUGUUCACCUCGAUUCCAAGGAUUCCGAGGGCCGAACUGCUCUACACAUGGCUGCUGCCAAUGGACAUCUUUCGAUAGUGGAGUUUCUCAUAAGUAAGGGAGUGGAUGUGAAUGCUUUGAAUGCGGAGAAGAAUACACCACUUCAUUGGGCAUGUCUGAAUGGGCAUAUUGAGGUGGUUAAGAAGUUGAUCUUGUCAGGAGCAAAUGUUAGCCUAUUGAACAGCCAUGAGAAAACUCCCAUGGACGAAGCUCUGACACGGGGGAAAAUGGAUGUAAUUGACGCGAUCAACACCGCAGUGGCGCAAAUCGAGCUCACGGGCAUCAGUGUUUCACGUAUGGAAACAUAGGUGAGGGAAUUCGACUUUUUUUUAUUAUUUAUUUGCUUAAUAAGUAGGAAAAAUUCUCAGUCUUAGGAUCAGAAAUAUGCUUCCAUCUUAUUUUGCACUUCUCCACCCAGGAACUCUUAGUUAGAGUUUCAAAUUACUUUGCACUAAAAAUUAAGCAUCCAUCUCCUUUUGAAUACCCCAAUUACUUUCUUUUCAAUUUUGCAUGUUUUAAUUAGAUAUCCAGUUAUUUCUCAAAAA